UUAUCCAGCCCAGCAGCAGGGUUUAUCCUGGUUCCACCCACUGGGACUUUCCUAGCUUCCUUCUGCACAGAAGGGGGAAAAAAAGGCAGAGGGAGGCCAGCAGCAGGCACCUCGGGGAGCUCAGGGAGCCGCAGUGCUCCCUUUCCCUGAGCUAGGUUUCUAUUGUAGGCGGUGCAUUCCUUGGGAGGGAGGGUGUGUGUGUGUGUCGGUGCCUUCCCACACUCGGGGCAGCUCUUAUUUAAUGGGGGUCUCCAUGCAGGGCAGACACCAGAGGAGAUUUUGCCAUGCCCAGUUCUCAUCCAGGAGCAGCAGCAGCUCGCAUGCCGGGAGCUGUCAUGGACCGUGGGGCUGAGAUACCCAUGGAAGCAGUGGCUCCUGGGACCAACCCAGCUGCCAGGAUGCACCUCCGGGAGGAUUUGAAGAGGAUACGGUGCGCAGUGCUGCUGUGCCUGCUCUCCGUGCUGGUCCUCGUGCUGCCCAUUGCCUACCUGCUGGUUGGACACCUCAGAGCACCCAGCUCCUGUGCUGGACAGGUCACAGAAGAGAGGGGCUCUCGCUUUCUGAAGCAACGGGCAGUAGAUACUGUUACAGAAACACUUCCCAGUGCUGAAAAGCCAAGAGCUCACCUGACAGUGAAGAGACAAGACCUCACCACCACCACGGGAAACCAUCUGCCCAUCCUGCAGUGGGAAGACAAGCGAGGCUUGGCCUUUACCAAGAACAACCUGAGUUACUCCAGCAACUCACUGGUGAUACCUGUGUCUGGGGACUACUACGUCUAUGCUCAGGUCACUUUCCGAGGGCCAAUUGAAAAUCACACUAAACCAAACUCUGUCACUGAGAUCAUCACCAAAGUCACUGACAGUUACCCUGUGCCCACCAAUCUGCUGACUGGCACCAAGACCCUCAGUGAAAAUGGAAAUAACUGGUUCCAGCCCAUUUAUCUGGGUGCUGUGGUCUCCUUAAAAGUAGGAGACAGGCUAAUGGUCAACGUUAGUGACAUCAAGCUGGUGGAUUACACCAAGGAGCACAUCACUUUCUUUGGUGCUUUUUUAUUGUAGUCCCUGGCAGCAGCCAGUAGGGUCUUCCCAUCAGGGUCCUGGUGUGACCUUACUGGAUCUUGGCUUUGUGGGUGUAUGUUGGGGUGCGAACUCUGUGCUGUUACCCUUCUGUACUGUCACUUCUCUGCAGCUCUCUGCAGCCUUACAUUAAGGGGUAGGGAAAGCUGAA